AGACAAUCGCGCGUGGUCGCGGCGGGCGUGCGCCGCGCAUUUGCUCAUGGUCACUUUUAUUUUUGCUCACGAACACGACAAAAUAAAUGAAAAGUGAAUUUUACAACAAACACGUACAAAUUUCUUUAUUACACCAAUGUAGUGUGCACGUAUGUUAUAUUACGACAUGAAACAAUAAUGCAAUUUUAUUACCGAAUAAAUAUUCAGUGUAAAGUUUUGUAGAGCAGUGCUUUCAGUGUCUCUGUGGAUGUUUGUUCUCUCUGUCGUAUGAAAGCGAAAGGAAGCUCGCUAGGGGGAGUUGUUUUGUUUCCGUGCUUUUCUUUUGAGACAAAUUUUGUUGAGCGAUUUGAGAAAACAAAAUCGCUCCGAUAUCUUGUGCAUACAAGAAUAUUUUAAGUUUAAAGCAAACAGUGCGCCGCCCACGUCGCUCGAUAUCAGCAUCCCGUCCCGCAGAGAAAUUAAUCUGGAACACGGUAACAGGAAGCGUCCCGAUAAAGUGCUCUAUGCUGUAGCUCUGGAUGAGCAAACCGCACAACGUCCAAUGCAUGCUUAGAAGCACAUCAAUAGACAAACAGUAAUGCUUCGAAGCGUAAACAAAUCAAAAACAAAAUAAAGAACAAUAACAAUGGGAAGCAAACGCGAAACAUACGACACGAAAACGAAUGUGAACACUUUUUUAAACGAUGACAAUCAUUCCAAUGAUUUAGACGUAAUUUCGACUGAUCUAGUUAGUAGUUUGAAAUGCCAAAUCGAAAUUCGGUGCUUGAUCGCGUGUGAGAUGCAUAAGAAGGAUGACGAAUAUGGGAAAGGAUCGAUUAGGAGGGUGGACUGUUAUGGUGUAAACCGUGCCGCCGAUUUGAAAUUUAAAUGUGUGAGGGACAAGGAGUGCGCGGAUGCGUUCGGGAGGACAAUGGGAGUGCACGUGCGAUCUCUGGCCGUGGUAGGACUCGUGUUCAUGUUGCUGGCGACGAGUGCGGCUGCGCCUGCGCCGUCUAGACCUACGCGGAGUACCUCAGAGAAGAGUGCGAGAAGUUACCUAGAAAUGUUUGGGUAUCUAACGAAGGAGAAGCCAGAGGUGGGGAACCUGCUAAUGGAAGACGUAGAACAGUCAUACGAAGACGACUUCAGGAUUGCCAUCAAAACAUUACAAGAAUUUGGCGGCAUCCCAGUAACGGGAGUAAUAGACCAUGCCACCAAAGAACUUAUGAAGAAAAAAAGAUGCGGACGACCAGACAGAGAACCCGGGUACGAUAAAAACAACAGAAGACGGAAGCGGUUUGCGGUGCAAGGUGAAAAAUGGAAACAUACUAAUUUAACAUGGAGUUUGUCCCAGAGCCGCCGACCGUCGCAAAUAGAUCCGCACGGCACACGGGCGGUGCUAGCGCGCGCGCUCGACGUCUGGCAGCAAGCUUCGCGACUCACUUUCACGGAGAUCAACUCGGAUGAUGCUGACAUUGUCGUGUCUUUCUCUAAACGUUACCACGAUGACCCGUAUCCAUUCGACGGGCGCGGUUCCAUCCUAGCGCACGCAUUUUUCCCUGGCUCGGGGCGUGGAGGCGACGCACACUUCGACGAUGACGAGCUAUGGCUUCUACAUCCUAAUGACGAUGAUGAAGAAGGGACGUCGUUGUUCGCCGUCGCCGCCCAUGAAUUUGGACACUCGCUCGGCCUGAGCCAUAGCUCAGUGAAGGGCGCUCUCAUGUACCCGUGGUAUCAGGGAAUUCAGCCCAAUUUCGUUCUGCCCGAUGACGACAGGAAUGGUAUCCAGCAAAUGUAUGGUCCUAAAUACAAAAGAACCUGGGAGAAGAUUCCAUACUAUAGACCCGUACAAACGCAGCCAACUACAACAACGACUACAACCACGACCACGACGACCACGAGACAACCAUACAUCCAUCAACAUCAUCCAGGACGACAUCGACCGAACACGCCGAGCAGAUAUCCCGCGUACUACCCAGAGAAGCCGAGUCAUCCAGAUUGGCCUCACUAUUCGAAUUACCCCAACCGAAAUCCGACUUAUCCCGACCGUCGAUAUUACACCACCACUGAAGAACAUCCAAGACGUACCAACCACCAUUACCCCAGACGCACAGAAACAACCACACACGCAACUACAUAUCGUCCGCGAUUCCCCCACGCUCAACCCGAAUACCCAACGCAUCCACGCCAGAAUUACCCCACUGAUCCUGGUCAAGAUUAUCCAAAAAGGAAACCAUACUAUCCAGUGAAGACAACCACAAUGAAACCAACGCCGCCGCCCGACAAACCCGACACUUGUGAUACUACAUACGAUGCUGUUACGCUCAUACGCGGUGAACUCUACAUUUUCAAAAAUAGGUAUCAUUGGAGGAUAGGCGCAAACGGUCGGUACCCUGGAUACCCGAUCGAGAUAACGAGGAUGUGGGCAGAACUGCCGAAAAAUCUAACGCACGUUGACGCCGUCUACGAAAGACCCGACCGCAAAAUUGCUUUCUUCAUAGGCAAACAGUUGUACUUGUUCGAUUCGCAAUACUUACUGCCGGGAUAUCCCAAAAACAUAGUUCAUCUUGGUCUACCCGCAAAUCUGGAGAAGUUGGACGGGGCCACGGUUUGGGGGCACAAUGGCAAAACAUACUUCUACAGUGGCACUAUGUACUGGAAAUUUGACGAAGAAGUGGGGCACGUAGAGUUAGACUACCCUCGAGACAUGUCAACGUGGAGAGGCGUCGGGUACAAUAUAGACAGUGUGUUCCAAUGGAAGGAUGGUAAAACCUAUUUCUUCAAAGGGAAGGGUUUCUGGAAAUUCGACGACCUCAAUAUGCGCGUUCAACACGACAGGCAGCUCCCUUCUGCACAAUUCUGGAUGUCGUGCCCAAAGGAACGCGCUGGACGCCGCGCCCCCUUCCACGCGCUCCCGGCCCCCGAAUCAACACUCCGUUCUCCGAGUGCCGCCAGCACUAACGAUGACCACCUAUCCCUUGUUGCUUCCCUAGUACUUUUAAUACUCGUACGGUAUAUUCUUUAAUAAAAUAAAUUAAUGUAAAUAAAGACAAGUGUGUGCCAUUAUCAAUUAAUUAUUUAAUCUCAAAAUAGAGAUUAAACUAAAUUAAUUAUAUGUAUGCGAUAAAUAAUAUUUUUGAAUCAACAAGUACAUAUCGAUUCUGUCUGACGUAAGACUUCUAGUAUUUUAAGUAAUUAAAUGAAUUACGCAACGUUGCACUGCCUGUCUUAGUAUUAAAUUAACUUAAAACUUCGUAUAUAAAGACUUUUAACUAUUAGUAUAUUAGUAUAAUGUUAUAAAUGAGGCAUUUUGUUUUAAUGUUAAAAUUGUAUGUAAAUAUUGAUCUCAAUGUGAUCGAGUUCUUGUUUUUUUUAAUGUAAGGUACAUAACACCAUUUGUUUAGCUUCUGUACAGAGUGUAUCUUGAUAGUGAUACCAGUAUUUUCAUAAUAAAAUAUGUCUAUAGUUAAUAUUAUCUUAUAUGAAAUAAAUAGCUCUGUGUAUAGUUCUAAAACAUAUUUCAAGUUACUAUGUUAGUCAAAGUUGUAAUUUAACAUAUUAUCCUAUAACUGUCUACCUACUAGAAAAAAUAUUGUGCAACUAACUCCACAAGUAUGCCUUAAUAUAAAUACAUUUAAACUAUUUAUCUAAUGUAAAUUAUAUACUAGACGAAAGAGAAGUUAUAUAUUAUAACAUACAAAAAAAUAUUACUAAGCUGGUUAGAGGUUCACAUAUUCUGUAACUUGUAAAUAAUAGUAGUUCUUGUAUGUCUACGCAUAUAUAAUAAAUAAACCUCGUCAAGGUUCUAGGUAAUGAAGACUACUACAUUUUUGUCUAAAUAACUAUAGUAUAUAAAAAAUAUUUAUUUAUUUAGAUCAGCUGUAGUAAAUUAUGAUGUAAGUAAACUCAAACCUUUUUUAUUAAUAUUUUUACUUAUAAUAUUACAGUAAAAACAGAAUAUAAUAAUUAAUUACUGUCCAGACUCUAUUUAUAGAAAACAGAAAUUCGGUAUUUUGUUUUUUUAUAAUAGUUACAGUAAUGUAUUUUACUCAAUAUAAAUAAAAUAAAAUAAAUAAUGUCUUAGUUUAAAACUUUAGCUGGAAUGUCUGGUGACAAGGUGGAUUGAGUAUUGGUUUAAUAUUUUGAAAUGAAUGUAAGAUCAGAUAUAUAAAAUAAACCUAAAACCCUAAAUUAUUCACUGAAGUGGGCAUCUCUAGUAUGGGUAUCAAAUAAUAAUUAUAUAAUAUACUACAUAUAACUAUAGUAAUUAUUAGUAUUACUUAUAUUUCAUGGAUGUGUUUUAAAUUAAUGCUAAUAAAGUUGUGCAUUAAUACAUACCUAUUAUAUAAUAUUGUACUGAUAAAUUAUACUAAAUCUGAUUGAGUUGCAUGAAUGAAUCAAACAGGAGCUCUCCAGAAUGAAAAUGGUGCUUUUGAUAGUUAGUUAUUGUACAGAAUAAAUUCAUACAUAAGUAUUUUUAUAUGCUGUUAACUGUAAGUUAUAUAACCACAGCUAUUGUAACUAAAGUAAAAUAUUAUACUUCCAAAUCAAUAUGCAACAUAACUACCUAUAAUACAUAUAACAUAAUAUACAACAUUGUGCAAUCAGAAUACACCUAAAUGUUAAGCUUUAGCGUUAAGAUUAAUAUGACAAACACAUAUUUUAUUAGAUCAUUUUUUGUACCUCUCAAGUCAUUUUAUUAUAGACUUCAGUAGUUUUACAACAACUUUGGUCACAAAUAAUUUAAUAACAACUGUGAUAUUUAAUUUUAUAUAAAAAAUGCCAUUGGCAAUAAAAAUAAAUCAAAAUUUGUAAUCUUUAAAAUAAAUACUACUGAGCAUAAUUUGUAAUUGCAGCCUAAAAUAAUUACUAGGUAAAUUCAUAUUUAAUGCAUUAAGAUGAAAAUAAAGAAUUUUCUAAGAG